AUGUCCAUCAAUAUGAGAUCAAAUGCAUUAUUUGAUCGAAUUUUAGGGUACAAUAGAAUAAACCCAGGUUCAGCUUUAGUUCAAAACAUAGGAUCUUUAAUCAAAGAUAGAUGUCAAGUUACAUUGAACCACCCUGUUUCUACAAUAUUAAACCUGAAUUCACCAAAACAAACCCAACUUUUACCACUUCUUAAUCUUCCAAGCUCCAUUAGUGGCAUACAAGAGAUUAUAGGUCAUGAUUGUAUUACUGAUUUACAAUAUGAAAAUAACUUUACAAUUCUCAAGAAAUAUACAUACUUUACGGCAAUGGCAAUAAUAUGUGAAAAGGGUAUCAAGUUAUCAACUAAAUUUAUUGGUGGUACUGUUUCAUCUUCAGAAUUAACUGAAAUUUGUGACCAUGUUAUCGAGUUGUUCCCGCAGUUUUUUGAGCUAGAAGGAUAUAAUCUUAUAAAUGCUAGAAGUGUUGUAUUUUUGUUGCUUCAAGAGUCUUUCUUUCAAAUUCAAACUAGAGCCUGUCGUUUAUUAAAAGGGCAAAGCAACUUUUGUUCUGAAAAAACCCAGAUUAAUCUAAACUAUGAAAAAGGUAUCUUUGAAAGUUUCAAUAAUUGUUUAGAAAGUAUGAGAACACCAUUUUGCUUACCAGAUGACGGGGAUCAAUCAGCCAAGUUAUACUUAAAUACGUCAGAUUUAUCAUAUGUUUCGACUGAACCAGGUAAAAAAAAUAAGAAAUUCCUAAAGUUAUUCGGUUCAGAUUAUGAGGUUUCUCCUUACUUGGGAAUCAUUGGUAAUGUUCAAUCAAAAAGAAUUGAUUUAUUUACAGCUGAUAUAGACCAAAAAUUGGAACAUGAUUCAAGAUUCAUGGUGGUGAAUGUUUUCAAGAAAGUUUUAAAAAUUCUAAAGGUAGGUGAAAACGUUGAUGAAAGACUUUUUGAACUUAUUAGAAUUGGUGGAGCUGACUUCUUUGGGCAACGAGUGAGUACCAAUGGUAUUUACCAUUCAUCAACAGAAAACUGUUCUAAAAUACGUACAGAGCAGCAAAGUCACCGUAUACCAAAUAUUCUUAUGGACUUCAUAAUUGUUCAAACUUAUAGAAAAAAUCCAUCAAUAUUCAAUAAGGGAUGUACAGCUGAUCAGAUGCUACCAAGAGAGUUAUGGUCCUCCACAGAUGAAGAUGUAAAUCAACUUUUGGAAAAAAAUCAGAAAAAUUACUCUUUCAAUGCUGAUGAUUCAGGUAGCCCAGGAAGUAUUGAAAGCUGGGAAAAUCUACCAAGCCCUGUUCCAAUUGAAGAUCCCAUAGAUGAUCCACCUGAACAUGAUGAAUCAAUGAAUGAUACCACAUCCAAUCCACAUUUAGAGAUAAACACAUACCAAGAAGCAUAUGAAUUUUCUACAGAUGGUAGAAAUUCUGCCAGUUUAUGCCUAAAAUUUUUACAAUUACUCAUACCACAAGAUGAAUUAAAGAAAGGUGAAUUGUUGAAUUUUAUAUUAGAAGCCAUUGGUUGGAGUGAAUCAAAAACUUCCAAUACAGAAUCAGCCGAUCUUAAAAUGAAUGAGUUGUCGCUAAGAAUGCUACAGAGUGGAAAUAUGCACAGGUUGAUUGCAACUGAUUCACCUUUAGAUAUACUCUAUGCUUAUUACAAAGUCAUGUUUGGUUUGAAUAUAAAAAAUAAUUCAAAAUUUACAGAUGAUGAAGUCGAAGAGUUUAGAAAAUCUCUUGUUUACGGUGAAAAGAUCAAAGAUGGCCAAAGCUGCUCCAAAAUAAACACUGAAAGUCAGUUUGUGAAACAGUAUGCUAGAAUUAGAAGAGCUGAAGUCAAGUUUAAAAACUCAGAUCAUAGACCAAUAAAAAGAUUACUCCAUAUAAUAAAAAAACUUCUAUUACAUCUCAAAUUAUAUAAUGAGAUUAUCAUAUGCACCUCCUGCUAUAAAGGUUACAUCAUUAGUUCUGAUAAUACCUCUCAUACUGGAAACAACAAUGAGGAUAUGACUAAAAACCCAAUAAAUAUUGAUGAAGAAUAUUCUAAUGCAUCAGUUCAGGCAAAUGUAUUAAACCAAUGUACUUACUGUGGCAAGAGACCAACAUGUUAUUCACUAAGCCAUAGUUCAAAUAGAUAUGGUAUAUUGAAUCCAAAAUUCGUUCUGGUAUUGCUUUAUGAAUCAACGUGGUAUGAUACUACUUUAAAAGAAAGUGAAAGUUAUUUCAAGAUUUUGCAUGAAAAUGAUAUACUUUCAGUGAAAAACAAUAGUUUAAUAGAUAAAUUAAAAGAUACUCCAGUUGAUUUAAAUGAUGAAUCCUUCAAAUACUUUGAUGAAGAGAGAGAAAGGGAUGGUUUUAAGCAUAUAUGGUGUCAUACAUCUUUAUCUUCAGACGGUAUUUCAAUGAACAAGAAGAAUUUAAGUAUUUGGAAUUUAGACCUAAAGCUGCUAGAUAUAGUUACACACCCUACAUUCACCUUGGGUAUAAUGCCUCAAUUUAAGAAGAGCACAACAAGUACUGGAUCAUAUGAAUUAGUUAGUAAUGAAGGACAAAAGAUAAACUAUAACUUUACGUACAGUGAAGCGGAAAGCUUGAUGGUUUCAAGUAGGGAAAUAGCUCUUAGAUAUAUUAGAGAUGAAUUGAAACAGUCUGAAAUUGAGGGAAUUUUUUUCGAUAAAUGUCAUACAUAUUCAUUAUCAAGUCCAAAUGUUGAAUUAUCAAAUGAUAAGAUGAAGGUGAUCAGAGCAAGAGAUGAAUUUUAUGAAAAUAAAAUGAUACUUCAGGUUUUUAACCAUGGCUUGGGUGCUGAUCUUCAAGGGAUACAUCACUUCACAAGUUCAACUACAUUGAGUGCAAAUCAGCCCUGUUCACAUUGUCCAAUCAACAAAGUUGAUUCGGUGAAUAACUUACUAUUGGAGGUUAUGGAUAAUGACCCACAUGUUGAAUUAGAAGAAUCACAUUCAUACAUCAAAUCACGUAUGAAAGUGUUAAACACAAAAAAAGAAAAGAACUAUAUUUAUAAUCAAGAAGAACUUAAACGUUUACCAAGAAAAAACCAAAAGUUGAAAUCUAAUCUUCAACAUGAUGCUGGUCUUUUAAAAUUAUUUGGUUACGAUUUGGCAGGUGAACCACUGGAUUAUAGAAAUAAUGGGGUAGACAACAUUUUGAUUUUAGAUACUUUUCAUCUAUUUAACGAAAAUCUUUCAAGGAAAUUCACAAACUUAGUGUUCUGGCCUUCAAAAAAAUCAACUGUCAAUGACAAUUCUAGUUUUUUAAGAUCCUCAAGAAAAUCAAAUUUAGAAAAAUUCAAAUUAAACCCUUUUGUUUUGGGGUCAAGAUACAACUUUGGUAAGUGGUCUGCUAGAAGUUCAAGUUGUGGUUCACAUGCAGCUCCAAACUUGUUAGAUUUUUGCAAUGCUGCUUCAUCUAAUAACGGGUCCAUUCCUUAUGUAACAGGUGAUCAACAGAACAGUUUGAUAUUCUUGCUUUUGGUGGUCCUACAUGAUGAAAAAUGUCCUUUGAAAGAUCAAUUAUCUGAAUCAGAAUUGUCACAAUUUACUGAAAUAGUAUCAAGAUAUAUAGAAAUUGGCCAAAUUAUAAAUUCUCAUCAACUUUUGACAGAAUCAAUUUUAGGAGAUCUUGAAAAAAGUGUUAGUUCAUUUGUUGAAUGCUAUCAAAUCACUUUUGGUAUUGAUGGAUCCACAGUCAACAGCUAUACAAAUCAAAUGUCUUCGUUAUAUUUACAUUACCUUUACAAUCACAUCAUAGAUCAAAUAAGAGAUCUAGGAAAUAUGUCAGUGUUUUCAGGAUUUGCUACAGAACGUAGUGUUGGUUCACUGAAGAGAAAUAAUCAUUCACAUCAGUAUACAGCUGAACAUGUCUCUAAUAAAUUGGUUUUGAAAACUGUGUUAACAGGUUUAGUACAUAAUCAACUGAAUUUAUUUUCAGAUGAGAAUCCUGCUGCUCCAAGUACUAAUGACAAUGGGUUUUAUGGAUCAAAAGAUUUGUUGAGGAUUAAAAACGUCAUUUUAGGUGAUAAUAAUAGUUACAUGAAACCUUGUAAUUUAAUUAAUUCUGGUUAUGAUAUGAACGCUGCAGGUGCUGAAGCUGGUAUUGUUAAUGGUGAUGCAGAUGCUUUUAAUACAGAUCAAUCAUCGCAGUUCAAUAGUUGCAAAAGAAGAAAGAUGGAAUUUAUAGAUUAUAAAUUUGAAAACUUUUGGAGUAACACAAUAUUUUUGAAUAAACCUUUGAAAGAGUUUUUUUUGAAUCAACUAAAUAUUGAAGACCAGAAACAUUUAAUGAGCAAGCUUAAAGAUAUUGAGAUGGUUAAUGCUGAUAAUUUGAUAUCAAACAGAAGACUGGAUCUUGAUGAAACAAUUGGCAAUCAUGCAGCUUUAAAGAUUAGAAGUCUUCAAAAAGUUGUGGCAAUCAUUUUAAGUAAAAUUGUUAAAUCAUUUGAAAAAUUUUGUGCAACAAGAACAAUCACUAAAUUUGAAAUAAAUUCAGCCCCAAUCUAUCCACAACCAAAUACUGCUGAAAUUUUUCCAUCAUUCAAACAUAUAAGAACGAAGGAAAAAUCAAUUAUUAUUGAUAAUGAUCUAAACUUUUACCAAAUUUCACAAAUCUUUAGAAUUUCAGGAAAAAUAAAAAAUAAAAAUAUCACAAUAACUAAGGAUUAUAUUAUUGGAUAUCAGUUAGAUAUUGAUGUCAUCCGUGGAAAAGGUAUGAACUUCCCAAUACUAUUCAAGCUUUCAAAGCCUUUAGAAAGUUUUCAUAAAAAAGAAAACUUGAAAGCUAUAGAUGUCAAUAAAAUUAUCUGCAAUGAGCCAGCGGAAAUUACAAUUUCUUCUGAUAACCUUUUGAACACAAAGUUUUAUUUUACACAUCAAAGUAUAUUAGAUCUUUCAAAAAGUAAAAAAUUAUUACUGGAAUACUAUAAAUUAAAUGUUUCAGAUAAAACUAUUGUGGAAGUCGAUGGUUUAAUAACUUAUGAGUUUGAAACUAGGGUAGAAGAGGAAAAUAUUAAUGGGUUGGAAGAUAGAUUGGAUAAAGAGACUGAAUCUUAUGAUGAUCAGCAAGUUUGUUAUUUAGAUUAUGAUGAAAAUACUGAUAACAAUAUAUUAUCGGAUAGUUAUUCCAGUUCAAAUAAGUCUGAUGAUGAUAAUGAUGAUUAG